AUGGCGACCCGCGAAUUACUCUCCGGUCCCAUCACCCUCUCUGACGCAAAAGAGAGGGGCUGCAACGUGCCUCACCGGCUCGAAUACCCGCAGCUCAAACAUACCUUCUUCCAGCGCCUCGAAAGCCAGCGUCCACUCAUUCGCGCUAUUGUUGCCCACCACCUGGGCGUCGACCCGGCGAGUUGCAAUGUGUCGCCGCCAGAGUAUUGGCGCCAUGGCUCCUUUAACGUCUACGUGCCGGCUCCUGUCGACGCGCCCGACCCAGAGCAACCCGGUUUCGUUAUGGUCCAGUUUCCUCUGCCUUACCGUGUCGGGGAGAUCACCCGCCCGGGCAACGCAGACGAGCAGCUGAGGCACUGCCCUUCGGUCCCUAUACCACAUUUAUACGGCGUAGGGCUCUUCACGGGCCAGCAGCUGACUCACAUAAGUCACCUACCGUGGUGGUCACGCUGGCUUCAUAGACUUCGGCAAUAUAUUCGGAGCUUGUUUGGCUAUCCGUGUCUAACUCACUAUGUCCCACAUAACUCAGGCGCCUUGACCUCCCUCGGUUUAGGCUAUUUGCGAGGCCUCGCGCGAAUACUUCUCUCGCUCGUAGCUAUUCCGCUUCCCCGUAUCGGUGCGUUUCGACUCGAUGAUGCCGGCUACACCUACCUUGACAACCAGAACGAGGAUCUUCCCCUUGAUAUACCGCGUGAAGAGACCUACACCCGAGCGGACGACUACGUCCUUACAUACCUAGACGCCUUUCACAACCGACUACUGCACCAGCCCAACACCGUGGCAGAUGAGAUCGACGGACGGUUCGAGAUAGCGGGUCCCGCCGCAGCGCGCGCCAUCUUUCCUCAGAUACUACAGAAAGACCUUCUUUCGGGGCCCUUUAACGUUAUGCGUAUUAUCGAUCUUAAGUUCGCCUGUUCGUGGCCUCUCGAAUUCCAGCAGCCCCCCUACUGGCUGGGAGGACAGUACGCCGAUGAAAUUGAUCGCGCCUCAUUCGGCCCUCAUCAUAAGCGGUUCAUCCAGAUCCUAGAGGAGCAGGAGGAGCUUCUCGGUGCGCAGACUCCGAGAAUGCUUUCGGCUCGGGACAUUCUAGCUCACCCUCGCAAUCCGAGAGAUUUAAUCGCCUUUUCCUCUAUCUUUUGGUAUAGGAUUCUGCCCUAUCGACUCCAUCUCACGAUAGAUCACACGACCGAUCUCACGCUCUUGGCGAAUCUAUGGGGUGGUCCUGGCGUUAUUCAGAAAAAGGUGCAAGAUCACGAGCAGUACUUGAAGAAGCUCGAAGGUAUUUUUGCGGGACGUGAUGUAGAGGCAGCGAAGGCAUGA